CGACAUACGGCAAAAGCGUGGACGAUGAUGAAACUCCAAUCCAGAAAGUUGUAACGUCGAUCUGUUACGUGAAUAUUGCUGUCAAAUCUAGAGAGCUGGCACUUCCUGAUCGGAGCUGAGAGGACGAACAGAACUAUAAGGUCAAUUGUGGUUGAGAAUCAAGAAUGGCAGAAAACGGGACGAGUCUCUCACCUGAGGAAAAGUUUUCCUUAAUUACUCGAAACUUGCAGGAGACCAUAGGUGAGGAGAAACUGAAGACAAUAUUAAAGGAGCGAGACUUGAAGAUCUACUGGGGAACGGCCACCACUGGUAAACCUCAUGUAGCCUACUUUGUGCCUAUGUCAAAGAUUGCAGAUUUCCUCAAGGCUGGUUGUGAGGUGACAAUCCUGUUUGCCGACCUCCACGCCUACCUUGACAACAUGAAGGCCCCAUGGGAGUUGUUGAAUUUACGUGUCAUAUACUACGAAUCAGCCAUAAAAGCCAUGCUCAAGUCAAUUGGUGUACCUCUUGAUAAACUCAAGUUUGUUAAAGGCACAGACUACCAGCUCAGCAAAGAGUACACAUUAGAUGUCUACAGACUGUCGUCAUUGGUGACGGAGCAUGAUGCCAAGAAAGCCGGAGCAGAGGUGGUGAAACAGGUAGACCACCCCUUGCUUAGUGGACUGCUCUACCCCGGUCUACAGGCCCUUGAUGAGGAAUACCUCAAGGUUGAUGCUCAAUUUGGAGGAGUUGAUCAACGUAAAAUCUUCACUUUUGCAGAAAAGUACCUUCCACAUUUGGGAUAUGGAAAGAGGAUCCACUUGAUGAACCCCAUGGUACCUGGACUUACUGGGACUAAGAUGAGUUCAUCAGAUGAAUCGUCCAAGAUCGAUCUUCUCGACUCCCCUGCCCAGCUGAAGAAGAAAUUAAAGUCUGCCUUCUGUGAGCCAGGAAACAUCAAGGAAAACGGUGUCCUGUCCUUCUGUAAAUCUGUGCUGUUCCCACUGUCGAAAACAGGAGAAUUCAAGGUUACAAGGUCACCGGAUCACGGUGGAGACUCUAUCUAUUCAUGUUUUGCAGACCUUGAAGCAGCCUUUGAAAAAGAGGAAGUACAUCCUGGAGACCUGAAGGUGGCAGUGGAGUUUUACCUUAGUGAGCUACUGGAGCCAAUCAGAGCCGAGUUCUCUUCUGUUGAGCUCAAGCAGCUGACUGGUAAAGCAUACCCAGUCGAGAAGAAAAAGAAACCUGGCCAGAAGGGAGCCACAGGAACGUCCACAGAGGACAAACUUACACCAGCCAGACUCGACCUGAGGGUUGGAAAAAUCACCUCGGUGACAAAACACCCUGAUGCGGACUCCCUGUUUGUGGAGACAGUCGACCUAGGGGAGGAGUCUCCACGGACUGUGGUCAGUGGGUUGGCAGGACUAGUGCCAAUGGAGGCUCUCCAAGAUCGCAUGGGUGUAUUUCUGUGUAAUCUCAAACCACAGAAGAUGCGAGGCAUCGAGUCUCAGGCGAUGCUCAUGUGUGGUAGUGUGGACGAACCACGUGUUGUAGAGCCCCUCGACCCGCCAGAGGGAAGUGCUGUCGGUGAAAAAGUAUUCUUUGAUGGCUACGACGGCAAGCCCGACGAGGAACUCAAACCAAAGAAGAAAGUCUGGGAAAGUUUACAGCCUGAUCUACGAACCAAUGGAGACCGUGAAGCGGAAUGGCAGGGAAGUGUAAUGAAGACAAAACUAGGAAACAUAACAUGUAAAACGCUCAAAUCCUCGCCCAUCAAGUAGUCAGGGUAGACUACCAAAAUCUCAACAAGUUACUCUGACAGGACUUAACAGCUGCAGAACAACUCAUGGGUUAAAUAGGUAUUUCCCACGCAGCGUAUAAAAACAGAAGAAUAUUGACUGUGAUUUCACUUACAGUAUUUGUCUUUAUAGGUGAAUGAAGAUUUCAGAUUUCUCUUUAAUGGGCUUUCAUUUUUUGUACACCAUUUUAUUGCUAUGAUGAAGCUGAAGUCAAUUCUGUAUAUUUCUUAAAUUUUAUCCAAGGUUUCGUGUGAGGUUGUUUCAAAAGCCAACAAAAAUCAAUCUGCAUAUUUUGUUGAGGAUGUUGUAAAGAGAUCUGCCGCUCUCAUGAAUUCAAAGCACACCCUUCGCAUCGAAAUACAAAUAUCUUCAGGUGUGUGGAGAUCAACGUUUUUCUGGAUGCAGUACAGCUGUACAUUUUGUACACAUCUUAUUUAUUUCAAUAUUUUCAUAUUAUCAAACCACAUUUAAGGUUUUGUUUGUAUCAUAUGUUUAAAGGUUAAUUUCAUUAUAAAGAUAUGAAAAGCUGAUAUUGUUUAGGAUCACUUUAACAGGGAGAUUUAUCACAAGACAAUUAUAUUUCCAUUGUUAUCAGGAAACACAAUACAUGUAAUAUCUGUUGUCAGUCCUGCUUCUUUCAUUUCUAUUACUCUUUUAUUUCAUGGUACACUGUAUACUGUAUAGGUAUUAAAUAUCAUGGGGAUUAUAUUUCACAUUUGCCCCAGUUGGACCUUAUUCGCAGGUACAAUGUAGUAAAUUUUGUGCAAGCACGUCUUGUAAACAUUCUGCAGUAAACACUUGUAUACCUGUGUAUAUAUAAAUAUUCACUGGGUACCUAUUUUUGUGUUACAUUAAUGAGUGCAAAUUCCGGUGUAGGAGUCCAUUCUUUCCCCCGUUAAAGUUUCCCCGGGGAAAGAAUUGGGUAGCCAAUCCCCUGAGGAUUUCCCCAACUACAUGUAUACAGUAUAAACCAUUAAAUCUCAGUGAAAAUCUGAUAUACAUACAUUUUAUUGCCCCAUGAUAUGUCACCUUGACCUUCACAUCUUGUUUGAAGGUCUAGCUAGUGUAAUAUUUUCACACAGAAAUUUCAUUUCAAGUGCUAAGGUUUUUGUUAUGAUGUAAAAAUCUUAUUGGAAACGUGAAGUGAAUGUUUUCAGAUGAUAUUCUUGUACACAGGAAAUGAAUUUCAUGGACUAAGCGUCUCUAGUGAUCCAUUGUUUUACAGGUUUUUUUAGUUGUUUUUUUAUAGCAGUCUUAGCAUAUUACUGACCCUUUGUUUCAGUUUUUUUGUUUUUGUUUUAUAGAAGUCUUAGCAUAUUAAUGAAAAACGCUAUUUAUACUAACAAGAUAACUAUUUGGAAUAUUUUUUUUUUUUUUAAUGAAUUAGAAAAAAAAUUCGUAAGAUUUGUUGAUGAUAAGGCUACCAGGGUUGAGGAGACCUGCAUUCAGCCCCUGAGCAAUCUUUUGGUAAACAUUUUUUUUUCCUUCUACAGAAGGGAUAAAAAGAAUUUCCAGAAAAGAGUUGUCACAUAAACCUUGUACAAUCUACAUUAAAACCGAGAUUGAAGUUCCGUCUUUUAAUAGCCAAAUCACUCGGAGCUAAUGUUGCAACAUCUGUUACGAAAAUUCGGCUGUCAAUAAUAUGAUAAAUUGAAUAUGUAAAUCACUUCAUGGAUUUUAACUAUUACAUCAUUUUAUAGGAACUUAUCAUUUCUCAAUGAUGAUGCUUCUUUAAAGAUUAAAAAAAAAAAAAAAAGGAGACAGAGACCGUCACGGUCUUGCUAUAAACAUGGAGUACUUUUAAUUGUCUGUUAUAUAACAUUACCUUUAUUUGUUAAGAAAUAUGUGUGAACUAUUUCUUGGUAGAAAGAAUAUGCAUGAUUUCCUUAUCUACUUAUUAAUUUGAAAUUGUGAAUGUGCAUGAAAUGUUAUGAAAAAUGUGAGAAUGGUGAAUAAAUGUUACAAAAUGUCAAA